GGUAAGGCCAAGAUGUACCACUUACAAGGCCCCCAAGUGCUGCAGAUGCUAAAGAAAUCCUUGAGGAAGAGCCUCCCUGAGUCCUUAAAGGUUUAUACAACUGUCUUCCACAUGAACCAGGGAAACCCGUUCAAGUUAAAGGCCGUGGUGGACAAAUGGCCUGAUUUUACAACAGUGGUUAUCCGCCCUCAGGAGCAGGAAAUGACAGAUGAUUUUGAUCACUACACCAACACCUACCAAAUCUAUUAUAAGAAUCCCACAAACUGCCAAGAAUUCCUUGGUGCAUCAGAUGUCAUCAACUGGAAGCAACAUUUGCAGAUCCAAAGUUCACAGUCCAGCCUGAACGAGGUGAUACAAAAUCUUGCAGCUGCUAAAUUGGUCAAGGUCAAGCAAGAUCAAGCCAUUAUGUAUAUGAUGUCUGAGACAGCAAGUAAACUGAUCCCUUCCCUGCUGGAGGCAAAGAACUUACCUCCUAAAUCUGGCAGACCCAAGGCCAUUAACCAAGAGAUGUUUAAACUCUCCUCCCUGGAUGUUACCCACACUGCCUUGGUGGAUAAAUUCUGGCGUUUUGGUGGGAAUGAGAGGAGCCAGAGAUUCAUCAAGCGCUGUAUCCAGACCUUCCCCACCUUCUGCCUUCUGGGGCCUGAGGGGACCCCUGUAUCCUGGAGCCUGAUGGAUCAGACAGGAGAGAUACGGAUGGGGGGUACUGUACCUGAGUACCGGGCCCAGGGUCUCUCCACCUAUGUCAUGGAUGCUCACAUCCGCACUAUGGACAAACUUGACUACCCUACAUAUUACCAUACACUCAUAACCAACAAAAUCAUACAGAAAAUCAGUCACCGUCUGCACCAUAUCAUCAUGCCCUGUGACUGGAACCAGUGGCACUGUGAGCCUCUGUGACGCAGUCCUGAACACAAGACAGUGUUGGAUGGGCUGAUGUGGCAGGAGGAGUGUAUGGGUGGAUGGAGAGAAAUAAUAAAUUGUAAUUAGCUUUAAAGUAGUGUGUGUUGUCUAGGCUCUGGGAAACAGUGUGAAUGGUCAACAGAACCACCACAAUCCUUGCUCUCAAACCACUCAUGGACUCCCCUUUGGGUCCAGCAGACCUGCCAUGCAGCAGGUCUGCCAUGGCCAGACCCUCCUAUAGUGGACCCUGCUUUUGUUUAGUUUCCUGCACUUCUGGGUACCAGUGACACUCUUUAUUCAUUUGCAUGCUGCCCUAAUGCUUCUCCUAUCUUACAAGUGGAUAAUUGCUAAUGAGCGUAUCUUGCCCCUUUUGCCAAGAUGUGGUAUUACCUUAAGUGUAGUCUAAUUUUCCUCUCUCUUUUUUGCUUUACCCUCCCUCUCUCUGUCCCCCACCCCCAGCCAGCUUCACUGAGGUAUAAUUGACAAAUAAAAUUGUAAUCUAUUUAAAGUAUGAAACAUGGUGAUACACACACACACACACACACACACACACACACACACACACAUUGUGGAAGGAUUUCCAGAACUAUGGGAAAUAAGCUUAGGAAUUCCCUGAGCUUGCACCGAUGGGUUAAUAAGGCAUAAAGAAUUAGAAAGCCAUAGGAUGAACACACCCAGUUUGGGUAAACAAGAUUAGGUAAAUGGGGUAAAGACCCCCAGUAUAGGACAAAUGGGGCAAAGGCCCCCAGUAUAGGACAAAGAUAUAGGAACAGGAAACCUCUGGAUGAAAACAUCAAAGAUUAGGUAAAUAAGAUUAGGUAAACAGGGCAAAGGCCCCAGUAUAGGACAAAGGUUUGGGACAAUAUCAGAAAGCUGCUUUCAAGGGAAGGAAGGACCAAGUUAAGUAAACAGGUAAAUGGGGCUAUAGACCACAGCAGGCAAAGUUGCCUAGAGUGGAGCUAAGUAGCAAAAGAAAGAUGCCUUGUUGACCCUGAGGUGGCAUGCUCUGUCUUUCUUGUCCCCUAGGCCAGUUUAGGUAAACACAGGUGGGGCUUCAUGUCUGCUGUAAACAACCAUCCGCCCAGCACCAGGAUUUUGUUUUAUAUUGACCCAAACUCCUAACACUGCAUAUCUUCAAAACCCCCUCUCCCCCAUGCCCAUAAGUUAAUUCACAGUUUCAUUGUCUCUUUGUGCACAUCCAUCACGCUUGUAAGCCUUCUGAUCUUAAUUAAAAUGUAGCAAGGACCCUUAUUCAGGGCUCUUGUCUCCUCCUGGA